AUGCCCUUCCCCGUUCGCGCGGCCCAUAAAGUACCCAACGAUCACUGCAUUGUUCUGGGCGUUUUGCUCGGCGAGUGCGCUGUCCGCUGCACCCUCGGACAAGCAGUCUUCCUUUCGAUAGACGGUUUCUGGGACACGGUGUUGUCCAUGAUGAGACGAGUGCCGGAGGCAAAAUCCAGGCUGCAGAUCAGAUCGAGAAACGUCGAUUCGUCUACGGUUCCUCCGUGCGAAAAGGUGUUAUACACCUUACUGGAAGCGAUAAGUUCAACGACGCAAUUCCGAGCUGAAGGCCCCGCUUUCCAUCCAACACAAAGAAACGAGAGCCUCAGGGAGCAUAUCUCGUGCGGGAGACCACGCUGGUGUAGAAUGCAGCUGUAUGGAUGCUUAAGGAGAGGAGAAGAUUCGUUUUUCGAAUGGAAUAGAUUACUUGACCCGACAAGCUCUGUGCGCUUUCGACAUGAGCUUGUGAGCGAGUCGUCAAAUUACAACAUCGAGUAUCCUUAUUCACCAACCCAGCAGCGCGAUUUGUUCUGCCCAUGA